GUGCUAAACCCAGCUGGGGCGCAGAGGGCAGGGCCCCUACCCAAGUUCCUUUUCCCAGCCACGAGCAGAUCUCAAAGCUCCUCGGCAACAAUGGCAGGCGGCGUGGGACACUCACAGCUCCAGCAGCAGGACAACCCCGGCAAGAGCAUUCAGAGAAAAGUGGACAGGUGUGGCCAGCUUGGGCUGGGAGAAGCUGCCAUGCAGGACGCCCAGGGCUCCUGUCCCAGCAGUCUCAGGGAUGCUGCAGGUGGGCGGAGGCCAGGCCUGCACCGGGGAGAGAUCAACUUCGGAGGGUCUGGGAAGAAGCGAGGCAAGUUUGUGAAGGUGCCAAGCGAUGUGGCCCCCUCCGUGCUGUUCGACCUGCUGCUGACUGAGUGGCACCUGCCGGCCCCCAACCUGGUGGUGUCCCUGGUGGGAGAGGAGCGGCCUUUGGCCAUGAAGUCCUGGCUGCGGGAUGUGCUGCGCAAGGGGCUGGUGAAGGCAGCUCAGAGCACAGGUGCCUGGAUCCUAACUAGUGCCCUCCGUGUGGGCCUAGCCUGGCAUGUUGGGCAGGCUGUGCGUGACCACUCGCUGGCCAGCACAUCAACCAGGGCCCGUGUGGUUGCCAUCGGCAUUGCCUCUCUGGGCCGCGUUCUGCACCGCCGGCUCCUGGAGGAUGCUCCGGAGGACGCCCCCGUCCAGUACCCUGCGGAGGACGGUGGCAGCCAGGGCCCCCUCUGUCCCCUGGAUAGCAACCUUUCCCACUUUGUCCUGGUGGAGCCCAGCCCUCCCGGGGUGGGGGACGGACUAAUGGGGCUGCGGCUGCGACUGGAGGAGCACAUCUCGGAGCAGAGAACAGGCUAUGGGGGCACCGGCAGCAUCGAGAUCCCUGUCCUAUGCCUACUGGUCAAUGGCGACCCCAGCACCCUGGAGAGGAUUUCCCAGGCUGUGGAGCAGGCUGCCCCGUGGCUGAUCCUGGCAGGCUCAGGGGGUGUUGCUGAUGUGCUCGCUGCCCUAGUGAGCCAGCCCCACCCGCUGGUGCCCCAGGUGGCCGAGAAGCAGUUUAAAGAGAAAUUCCCUAGUGAGCGUUUCUCCUGGGAGGAUGUCAUGCGUUGGACCCAGCUGCUGCAGAACAUCGCUGCACACCCACAUCUGCUCACCGUGUAUGACUUCGAGCAGGAGGGCUCCGAGGAGCUGGACACUGUCAUCCUUAAGGCACUGGUGAAAGCCUGCAAGAGCCACAGCCAAGAGGCACAGGACUACCUGGAUGAGCUCAAGCUGGCUGUGGCCUGGGACCGUGUGGAUGUCGCCAAGAGCGAGAUCUUCAAUGGGGACGUGGAAUGGAAGUCCUGUGACCUGGAGGAAGUGAUGAUGGAUGCCCUGGUCAGCAACAAGCCUGAGUUUGUGCGUCUCUUCGUGGACAAUGGGGCCGACAUGGCUGACUUCCUGACCUACGGGCGGCUGCAGCAGCUCUACCGCUCCGUAUCCCCCAAGAGCCUGCUCUUCGACCUGCUGCAGCGCAAGCACGAGGAGGGUCGCCGGACACUAGCUGGGCUGGGUGCCCAGCCGGUCCGGGACCCUCCUGCUGGACCACCCACCUUCUCCCUACACGAGGUCUCCCGUGUGCUCAAGGACUUCUUGCGAGACGCCUGCCGCGGCCUCUACCAGGACGGCGGGCCAGGGGGCCAGAGCAAGGUGGAGAGGGGGCCUGCUAAACGGCCCACAGGCCAGAAGUGGCUGCUGGACCUCAACCAGAGGAGUGAGAACCCCUGGAGGGACCUGUUUCUGUGGGCAGUGCUCCAGAACCACCACGAGAUGGCCACCUACUUCUGGGCCAUGGGCCAGGAGGGUGUGGCAGCUGCUCUGGCUGCUUGCAAAAUCCUCAAGGAGAUGUCUCACCUGGAGCCGGAGGCUGCAGUGGCUCAGGCCAUGCGUAAGGCCAAGUACGAGCAGCUGGCCCUCGACCUCUUUUCUGAGUGCUACAGCAACAGCGAGGACCACGCCUUUGCCCUGCUGGUGCGCCGGAACCGCUGCUGGAGCAGGACCACCUGUCUGCACCUGGCCACCGAGGCUGACACCAAGGCCUUCUUUGCCCACGAUGGAGUGCAGGCCUUCCUGACCAAGAUCUGGUGGGGUGACAUGGCCAGAGGCACACCCAUCCUGCGGCUGCUGGGUGCCUUCUUUUGCCCCCCCCUUAUCUACACCAACCUCAUCACCUUCAGUGAGGAGGCCCCUCUGAGGACAGGUCCAGAGGACCUGGAGGAGUUGGACAACCUGGGCACGGAGAGGAGCCUACUGUGUGGCCCAGGCAGCCGGGUGGAGGAGUUGGUGGAGGCACCAAAGGCUCAGGGUGACCGAGGCCGGCACAUGGCCUUCCUGCUCACACGCUGGCAGAAGUUCUGGGGUGCUCCCGUGACCGUGUUUCUGGGGAAUGUGGUCAUGUACUUCGCCUUCCUCUUCCUGUUCACCUACGUCCUGCUGGUGGAUUUCAGGCCACCUCCCCAGGGGCCAUCAGGGCCUGAGGUCAUGCUUUACUUCUGGGUCUUCACACUGGUGCUGGAGGAGAUUCGGCAGGGCUUCUUCACGGAUGAGGACACACACCUGCUGAAGAAGCUCACAUUGUACAUGGAGGACAACUGGAAUAAGUGUGACAUGGUGGCCAUCUUCCUGUUCAUCAUUGGUGUCACCUGCAGGAUGCUGCCCUCGGUGUUUGAGGCUGGCCGCUCAGUCCUGGCCAUAGACUUCAUGGUGUUCACACUCCGGCUCAUCCACAUCUUUGCCAUACACAAGCAGCUGGGCCCCAAGAUCAUUAUCGUGGAGCGCAUGAUGAAGGACGUCUUCUUCUUCCUCUUCUUCCUGAGCGUGUGGCUGGUGGCCUACGGCGUGACCACCCAGGCAUUGCUGCACCCGCACGACAGCCGCCUCGAGUGGGUCUUCCGCCGUGUGCUCUACCGGCCCUACCUGCAGAUCUUUGGGCAGAUCCCACUGGAUGAGAUUGAUGAGGCCCGUGUGAACUGCUCCACACACCCCCUGUUGCUGGAGCGCUCGCCCUCCUGCCCCAACCUCUACGCCAACUGGCUGGUCAUCAUACUGCUGGUCACCUUCCUGCUGGUCACCAACGUGCUGCUCAUGAACCUGCUCAUUGCCAUGUUCAGCUACACGUUCCAGGUGGUGCAGGGCAACGCGGACAUGUUCUGGAAGUUCCAGCGCUACCACCUGAUUGUAGAGUACCAUGAGCGGCCUGCCCUGGCCCCGCCCUUCAUCUUGCUCAGCCACCUGAGCCUGCUGCUUCGCGGGGCCCUCAGGAAGGCGCAGCACAAGCGGGAGCACCUGGGUGAGGGGGGAGGCUGGGCGAGGCCAUCCCAGGGACGUGGGCAGGUCAGAGAGGCCUGGGCUCUUCCUUGGCCCUGCCGCCCUUGGUUGGGCUCCAUCCAGGCUGACCGAAGCCCCAGGGGCCAGGCCCAGAGGGGCCAACAGGCUCCCUGUGGCCUGCACAUCCCUGCAUGGGACCUGUCCUUCCCUGGCUAUCUUGCACCCUGCCCUGAGGCCAGGCCUGGCUCAGCCACCUCAGCCCACGUGGCACCAGCAAAACUUGCUCCUGCUCUGGCAUUCCCAGAGCGAGAACUGCCAGACCCCCUAGACCAGAAGAUUGUCACCUGGGAGACGGUUCAGAAGGAAAAUUUCCUGAGCAAGGUGGAGAAGAGGCGGCGGGACAGCGAGGGGGAGGUGCUGCGGAAAACAGCCCACAGAGUGGACUUUGUUGCCAAGUAUCUCGGAGGGCUGAGAGAGCAAGAAAAGCGGAUCAAGAGUCUGGAAUUGCAGGCAAGUGGCAAGGACAUUUGCUCUGCUCCCCUUCCAGCAGGCAGGAGGUGCCCAUGGGGCCUGCCUACAGCUCCAAACUCAGGCCAAGUCUGGAUGGAAAUGGGCACCCCUGGGCACAAACCCUAGUGGAGGGGUCCAGUGGGACUUGGGCCUAUCCCUACGCCAAGUCACGUGAGAUCACAGUCACCCCUCACUGUCCACUCUGCACACAGUAGAGGAGUCAUGGUGCAGCAGGUCUUGGUAGGGGUGGGAGCAGGUGGAGGGUACCCAUCCUCUGCUGUUCUGUGAGCCCAGGGCUUGCCUUGGUUUCCCUGGACCCUUCACCCUCUUCCAGAUCAACUAUUGCACGGUGCUCCUGUCCUCCAUGGCUGAUACACUGGCCCAGGGCAGCGUCCCUUGGAGUAAGCCGGUCUGGGGAAUGUGGGAGUACGGGUGGGCCUGGGCAAUAACCCACAGCCAGCUGGCCAUGCUAUGUGCCCUGUCACCCUGCCCUUCCCCUGGGCCUGGGAGAUGCCUGCUGGCCAUCAUUGGGGGCAGUGCAGGUGCCCUCUCCUUGGUGCAUAGAGCUGGUUCACUCAGUCUCCAGGGGUGGUGCCUGGCCUGGUACA